AUGAUGGAUGAGAAACCUGACUCAAAUGUAUCUGUAAUAUGGUAUCAAAAAAGCCUCAACAAGACUCCAAACUAUGAAGAAACGAAUAUUACAUAUGUGGAUUUUUAUCUUCAUGGACCCUCAGUGGCUGCAGUUUUUAUUGCUUCUUACCUACUUAUAUUUAUUCUCUGUAUGCUAGGCAAUGGAGUUGUUUGCUUCAUUGUUCUGAGCAACAAACAUAUGAGAACUGUUACCAAUCUUUUUAUUCUCAACCUUGCCGUUAGUGAUUUGCUGGUUGGAAUAUUCUGCAUGCCUACAACCCUCUUGGAUAAUAUUAUUGCAGGUUGGCCCUUUGGCAGCACAGUGUGUAAGAUGAGUGGCAUGGUCCAAGGUAUAUCCGUAUCUGCCUCUGUUUUCACAUUGGUUGCAAUAGCAGUAGACAGAUUUCGAUGCAUUGUUUACCCUUUCAAGCAGAAGCUGACUAUAUCCACAGCUGUUGUUAUUAUCGUAGUCAUCUGGGUUUUAGCAAUUGCCAUAAUGUGUCCAUCUGCAGUCAUGUCUCAUGUUAAAGAGGAUAAGAACUUCAGGGUUGUCAUUGGCAAUAGUAACCAAACAAAUCCCAUUUACUGGUGUCAAGAGGAUUGGCCCAACCCAGAGAUGCACAAGAUUUAUACAACUGUUCUCUUUUCAAACAUAUACCUAGCUCCUCUAUCACUUAUUGUGAUUAUGUAUGCUAGAAUAGGCAUCACAUUGUUCAAAAGCGAAUUAAAUGUUGAAAACAAGAAUCACCAACAGCCAAGACAUGCAGUUUCCCGCAGGAAACAAAAAGUUAUUAAAAUGCUGAUUAUAAUAGCUUUGCUAUUUAUUCUCUCCUGGUUACCACUGUGGACACUGAUGAUGCUAUCUGACUAUGCCAACUUGACACAGAGUCAGUACCAGGUGAUAAACAUUUAUAUUUAUCCAUUUGCCCACUGGCUGGCAUUUUUCAAUAGCAGUAUCAACCCUAUAAUUUAUGGAUUUUUCAAUGAGAAUUUCCGUCAAGGAUUUCAAGCAGCUUUCAAACUACAGCUAUGCUCUGAAGAAAUGGAGAGGCGAACAACGUAUUCUCAUCGAGUGCAGGGAAAUGCUAUUCUGCCAGCAACUUCCCAUAACACAGCUCGUCAAAACUCAGCAUUUGAAAAGCCAAGCAGCGACUACAAAGAUUCAGAUAAGAGAAAUCCUCUUACAAGUGACCAAGAUCUAAUCAUGGAAGACCUGGAAAACUUUUCAAAUAACAAUGGAAUUCAAAAAGACAUGGUUUGAUUGGUGUAAACAUGCAGCUCCCUAAUUGUCCUUAUUUAGGAAGGACAGUCAGAAAUUGGAGACCCCAAAAUAACUGGAACUUACCAGGAUGUGGGUGGUGUUUGGAGCAGAUAAGGGGUGUCUGGGCAUAAACUGGGAAUAUAUGUGACGGAUUCGGGGCAUGUCCUAAAUUGGCAUGAUUUUUCUUUCUCAAAUAUUUGGAGGAAAGACACAUCUUAAAAAAUGUGAAUGUUACGUUCGACAAAGACUUUUUUCUUAAGCUGUUCUCAGUCUCACUAUAAGAUUAAUGCAUAUUCCAUUGCCAAAUGCAUUCAUGUUUGCUGUAUUUAUGCAGAUCCAUGAAAAAAAAUGAGUUAUUUUAUACUAAAUUUUGUAUAGGCUGUCUACUGGAUGCUUGUGUAAAUUUCCAUUUUUCUCAGUUCCAAUUUUCAAAACUAGCAGUGAAAGGAGAGGAACUGUAAAC